AAUCACAUAAUUUAAUCUUCUUCUACCAUUAGAAUUCUUCAAAUCAAAUUUCCAUUUCACCUAUAAAUAAAUUCAUUAACUAUACUUCAUUAUCUCCAUCUAAAUUAAACUCCAAAACAAAAAAUUACUAUCUUUUUUUCUUCUCAAUAUGAAGUUCAAUUUUUUUAUCAACGUUUGGAGUUUGAUGUUUUUGUUCAUUUUUUGUGCUAGUAAAUUGGAGGCUCGACGUUACGUUACGUGGAACGAUUUUAAGAUAAAUUUUCAUAAUAUUGAUAUAAGUAAUGGAAAUUUACGUAAGUCUCAUGGAAUUAUCGUAGUCGAUUCGAGGGGUAACGGAGACUCCGUUACUGUACAAGGUGCAAUCGACAUGGUCCCCGAUUUUAAUUCUCAACGAAUCAAAAUUCUUGUUCUUCCCGGAGUUUAUAGAGAAAAAGUGUUUAUUCCAUCUUCAAAGCCAUUUAUUUCAUUAAUUGGUGAUGAAAAUCAUCCUAGAAGAACAAUAAUUACUGGGAAUUCUAAGGCAUGUGAUAAAGAUCAAUAUGGCAAUGAAAUAGGCACUAUUGCUACAGCCACAGUUACUGUGGAAUCUGAUUAUUUUUGUGCAACUGGCAUAACCUUUGAGAAUACUGUGGCUGCAAUGCGUCAAGAAAAUGAUAAGCAAGGUGUGGCAUUGAGAUUAGCUGGUGAUAAAGCAAUGUUAUACAAAGUUAGAAUUUUGGGAUCACAAGACACACUUUAUGAUGAUAAAGGAUCACAUUAUUUUUUCAAGUGUUACAUUCAAGGAACUGUUGAUUUCAUUUGUGGCAAUGCUAGAUCACUUUUUCAGAGUUGUGAACUACAUUCAAUAGCUCCAGAUAAUGUGGGAAUAUCAGGAGCAAUUGCAGCACAUGAAAGAGAAUCACCUUAUGAUGAUACUGGAUUCUCAUUUGUUAAUUGUAAAGUUACUGGAAGUGGAAGUGUAUUUUUAGGCAGAGCUUGGGGAGAAUAUUCAAGGAUUAUUUACUCAAAAUGCUAUUUUGAUGCAAUUAUUCAUCCACAAGGAUGGUCUGAUUGGGACGUACCAUCUAGACAAGAGCAUGCAUUUUUUGGAGAAUAUAGUUGCAAGGGAAUUGGAGCAAAUAGAGCAGGUCGAGUGCAAUGGUCUAAUGAUUUCACUCAACACCAAGCUCAACCCUUCAUGAAAAGAGACUUCAUUGGUGGAGAUGAAUGGCUAAGAAUUUAGGUUAAUUAUGUUUUAUUACUUUUUGACAAAAUGCAGAAAAAAAAAUUAGGCUAAAUUUGCUUCAUUUUUAUAUUUUAUUGGUAGGAUAUAAGAGUCCAUUUCCCUUUAAGUUUUAUCAAACAUUUGUGUCAUAGCCUUUCUUUUAUUCAUAUUUAUUUAUAUAUAAGUGUGUUCUAGAAUAUUAAUAGUAUGAAUGAAUAUAUCAAAAUUGAUAGUAUGAA